AUUCUUUUCUACUUGAAGGCUGCAACCACUGGGUUUGCAGCACCUCUAAAGAAUAUCAAAUUUUCCCUCCCCUGAUAAGUAAAUGACUGAAAGCUACAGUGAAAAUCAUUUUGCUUUUUUCUUAUCUUUAGCUACUGUAUAGUGUGUUGCGAUGAAGCCCUUUAAAUAAUUAAGCAUUCUUUUAUGGGUGGAGGAACCAUUUCUGCUGUUGCAUUAGCCACUGUUUUGGAAAGGAGGGAAACGUUGAGCCCCCCUCAGCUUUGUAGGGCUGACCUUGCUGUUUGUUCGGAGCACAUUUUUCAUCGUGACUAAGGACCAUUUUCGUUCAAACUGUGCAUUUCAGGAACUGCAGUUUGAAAGGCUGACUCGAGAACUGGAGGCCGAACGCCAGAUUGUAGCAAGUCAGCUGGAGCGAUGCAAGCUUGGGUCCGAGACUGGCAGUAUGAGCAGCAUUAGUUCAACAGAAGAGCCAUUUCACUGGCAAACACAAGAUGGACAGAAGGACAUUGAAGAUGAACUAACUACUGGCUUGGAACUGGUUGACUCCUGCAUUCGAUCUUUGCAAGAAUCUGGAAUACUUGACCCUCAGGAUUACUCAGCGAGUGACAGGCCCAGCCUUCUUUCCCAGAGUGCACUGCAACUCAAUUCCAAAUCAGAAGGGUCUUUCCAGUACACUGCAAGCUACCAUAGCAACCAAACCCUUGCCCUGAGUGAUUCAACAGCAUCACAGCUCUCCACGCGGACCAGUCAAGGCAGAGGUGCCAUUCAGAGCUACAAUCAGGUGACAACGUGCCGAACUGGAGCUGAACAUACCCAAACACAUACUGCUUCGCAGGCAAGAGACUCGUUUGUGCCAAGCCAUGGGAGUGCAUUUCAUUUGCCUGACUCUCAGCAUUCCUCAACAGUUUAUUAUUCGAGUUCCACUCUGCCAGCACAAAGAGUGAGCUCUCCUCUUUCCAUGCAGCAGGUAGGCUCUCCAACCAAACUUCAACGUGCAGGAUCAGCUUCAGAAAGUACGGGCUAUAGUACUACACAGCGAGUUUCUUCACCCAAACAAUCUCCUAGCCGUUUGGCAAAGUCUUAUAGUACCAGCUCUCCAAUCAACAUCAUUGUAUCGACUGCUGGACUUCCCCCCUCUCCUGUAAGGGUUGCAUCCCCGCCUACUAUUCAGUCAAACAUCUCCUCCUCUCCCAUACAUCAGCUAAGCUCAUCAGUUGUCAGCUAUGCCACUCUUUCACCUACAAAACGAUUGAUACAUACUUCGGACCAAUACAGCAAGCAAUCACAAGAACUGUAUGCCACUGCUACCCUUCAGAGACCUGGAAGUCUAGCAGCUGGAUCACGUGCCUCGUACACCAGCCAACACAGCCAUUUACCCCCUGAACUGAGAAAUUUACAGUCUCCUGAACAUCACAUAGACCCAAUUUAUGAAGACCGGUUAUACCAGAAGCCUCCUAUGCGGAGCCUCAGUCAGAGUCAGGGGGAUCCACUGCAGUCAACACUCACAAGCACUUACCGCACAACGACAGCCCCAUCCUCCCCUGGUGUCGACUCCGUACCCUUACAACGCACAGGUAGCCAGCAUGGUACACAGAAUGCAACAACCGCCUACCAGAGGGCCAGUUACGCUGCAGGCCCAGCUUCUAAUUAUGCAGACCCAUACCGACAACUUCAAUACUGUCCUUCAGUUGAAUCACCGUACAGCAAAUCUGGGCCAGCCAUCCCACCCGAAGGGACCUUGGUUAGAUCACCUUCCAUCGACAGCAUUCAGAAGGAUCCCAGGGAAUUUGGCUGGCGAGACCCAGAACUUCCUGAAGUCAUACAGAUGUUGCAGCAUCAGUUCCCUUCUGUACAGUCCAAUGCAGCCGCCUAUUUACAGCAUCUCUGUUUUGGGGACAACAAGAUUAAAGCAGAAAUAAGGAGGCAAGGUGGAAUUCAGUUACUUGUUGACCUACUAGAUCAUCGAAUGACAGAAGUGCAUCGUAGUGCAUGUGGGGCCUUAAGAAACUUGGUUUAUGGAAAACCAAAUGAUGACAACAAAAUUGCCUUGAAAAACUGUGGUGGCAUUCCAGCACUUGUAAGGCUGCUUCGCAAGGCUUCAGAUAUAGACAUCAGAGAACUUGUUACAGGAGUUCUUUGGAACCUGUCAUCAUGUGAUGCAUUGAAAAUGCCAAUUAUACAGGAUGCCCUGGCUGUGCUAACAAAUUCAGUCAUCAUUCCUCAGUCUGGCUGGGACAACUCACUACAUCAGGAGGACCGCAAAAGUCAGCUUCAUUCCUCGCAAGUCCUACGUAAUGCCACUGGCUGCCUAAGAAAUGUCAGCUCUGCUGGAGAGGAAGCUCGUCGUCGAAUGAGGGAGUGUGAAGGACUUACUGAUGCAUUGCUGUAUGUAAUACAGGCAGCUCUAGGAAGCAGUGAUAUUGAUAGCAAGACUAUUGAAAACUGUGUAUGCAUCUUACGGAACCUCUCCUAUCGGCUAGCUGCAGAAACAUCUCAGGGACAGCAAAUGGGGACAGAUGAACUUGAUGGAUUGCUGUGCAGUGAUGUCAAUGGCAAGGAUUCUGAGAGUUCAGGAUGUUGGGGCAAGAAGAAGAAGAAAAAGAAAUCACAAGAUCAGUGGGAUGGUGUUGGCCCCCUUCCAGAGUGUGCUGACCCUCCAAAAGGGAUCCAAAUGCUGUGGCAUCCUUCAAUAGUCAAACCCUACCUCACUCUUCUUUCUGAAUGUUCUAAUCCUGACACACUAGAAGGUGCUGCAGGGGCCCUCCAGAACUUGGCAGCCGGGAGCUGGAAGAUGUUAUUGAAAGAGCAGAGACCUGAUUCCCCCAAAACACACAAACGCACCUUUGUGAGAACCACCUCUGUUCCGCUGAAAACGGGCUCCACGGCCCAGUCGGACACUACCUGGUUAACAAAUUGGUCAGUGUAUAUCCGUGCAGCUGUCCGCAAAGAAAAAGGUUUACCAAUUCUUGUUGAGCUGUUGCGAAUAGACAAUGACCGUGUGGUAUGUGCCAUUGCUACAGCUUUAAGAAACAUGGCCUUAGAUGUCAGAAACAAGGAACUUAUAGGCAAGUAUGCUAUGCGGGAUCUGGUCCAUCGUCUUCCUGGUGGUAACAACAGCAACAGCAAUUCAGUAAGCAAGGCCAUGUCUGAUGAUACAGUGACUGCCAUAUGUUGUACCCUACAUGAAGUUAUAACUAAAAACAUGGAGAAUGCCAAAGCCUUACGUGAUGCAGGAGGGAUUGAAAAACUUGUUGGGAUUGCAAAGAGUAAAGGCGACAAGCACUCAGCAAAGGUGGUAAAAGCAGCCUCUCAGGUUCUUAACAGCAUGUGGCAAUACAGAGAUCUACGGAGCCUUUAUAAGAAGGAUGGAUGGUCACAGUAUCACUUUGUUGCCUCAUCCUCCACAAUAGAGAGGGACAGACAAAGACCAUACUCUUCUUCUCGUACGCCUUCUAUCUCACCCGUCCGAAUGUCUCCCAACAACCGUUCAGCAAGUGCCCCAGCUUCACCUCGGGAAGUGAUCAGCCUAAAAGAAAGAAAGGCAGACUAUGAUUCAACUGGAAUAAAUAACAGCUACCAUGGAAAUAAAGGCGAACAUACUUCUCGAAAAGAUACCAUGGCAGCUCAGAUUUCUGGAACUGCAACUUUGUACAGGAAUGCCUUUGGUACAACUAGUGAAGAUAUCAAGCACAAUCAGGUUGGAACCCAGCCAGUCCCUCAAGAGGCUAGUAGAAAAGAAUAUGAAACAUAUCAGCCUUUUCAGAAUUCCACAAGGACUUAUGAGGAGUCCUUCUUUGAAGACCAAGUACAACACCGUCCACCAGUCAGUGACUACAACAUGCACUUGGGUCUUAAAUCCACUGGAAACUAUGUUGACUUCUAUUCAGCUGCUCGUCCAUACAGUGAACUCAACUAUGAGACUAGCCACUAUCCUGCAUCUCCAGAUUCCUGGGUCUAGGACAUGACCAAGAAGCAAGGAUCCAAGAACCAUGCAUGUGCAUGCAUAUCACAAGACAUUCUCCAGCAAGUUUAGUUUGUUAAAGCCUGUUCCAUAGAAUGGCCUUAAUUACUCUAGUGAUGAUCAUGUUUAUAAUGCUUAAAAGACAACAGUGAGAGGGAUAACCCUAAACCAGCUCAUUACAAAAAAUGUACUUCUGUUGAUGAAGGUAAAAUAGCUGUUUGGGGUCCACAUAAUAGCUCUAUAUACUUCGUUAAUGAGAAAAAACAGAAUUAAAAUCAACAGUUAAGGAUGAAAGGUUAGGUCAAGCACAAGUUAAUGACCAGCUUACAAAAAGUUUGUGGGGAAAGGCUUAUCAUGUUUUGUUGAUCACUUACAUUCAUUGUGAAUUAAGGCUUCAAGUUGCAUUUUGGGGUUCCCUCUGGAUGUUUCUUGCCUUUUGUUAAUGCUUUGUUGUAAAGUAAUUGAUGUACAUUACAGAUAAAAAGUGCAUUGUGUAUAUUACACCAAUGCUGCAGUGUUUUCUUCAUCUAUGGUUCUGAAUAUUGCUUCGAUUUCACACUUUCAAGAACUAUCUGAAAGUUGCAGACCUUUUUCCUGAAGUCAAAUUUAACAAAACAAAGGAAAAAAAAUAACAGUAUUGUUUGUUCUGAUAUGUGAAUUUGUGUGUGGCAACUAAGCAAAGCAUUCAGAGGUUUCUGACAAUUAACAUACAUCAUUCAACACUCCUGGUCAACAAUAUGCUUUUUCACUGCCUAAGAUUUUAGAUGUAGAUAUUUGAAUAGGUUUUUCACUAUAACAAGUUUCUUUAUGACAAUACAGUGUUAAAAUAAAUUAAAAUGAUCAGUCAUCCAUAUUUACAAAACUGUCUUUUCCAUGAAUAAAUACCUGCUUUUGUAUGUGUGUGUGUGCAAGUUCUGUAGGUAUGUAUGUGUGCUUGUAUGUGAUUAGGAAUGUAUAUAUAAACACAGGACACAGCUGUGCCAAACAGUUUCUAUUAUCAGCAAAACUCUUCUUGAAUAGAUUGGGUUUGGCUAGCUUUCUUUUCUCAUUGUGACAGACUGCAAUUGCUUUUUCAAUUCCUUCAUUUGGGUUGAGGAAGCUGCUAGGUAUUCGUAGAAUAUACUACUGGUUUUCAGACACAUCUAAUAAGUUAGACAUACAGUAAUGGUUAUAAUGUACCAUGGAAAAUAGAUAUAUAAAAUGUACAUAACAUAAAUUAGUGUAAAUGUUUUCUUUUUCAAAUAGAAAAGGUAAUUUUAAUUCAACUUAUUACUGUUUUUCCGACAUUUGAUUUUAUUUUAUUUUUUUUAUUAUUGUGCCAUGGCAUCAAUUUCUUUUAAAUGAAUGGCCUAGAAAUAAGAAGCCUCUGUUAUAUCAGCUAGUUUAUUCUUGAGUGGAUUAUUCCCAUUUAAAUGACAGCUAUUAUUUUGAAAAGACCUUACUGAUGCUUCUGUGACAGACAUUACCCUUUACAUACAUAUAUAUUCUGCUGUUUAAUAUGUCUAUCUGUAACAAACCUUUUUGUUUUUGUUAUUAUAAUAAAAGUUGUUAAAAUGUACUCUACAUUAAUUAUAUUCCAUUUAGGCCAGAUAUGUUUCCAUCGCUUGACAUUACUGCCUCCUUAAGUAUCAUAAUGUGAUAGCACCUGUGCUUGUGGUAUAACAGUCAUCUUUUUCAGAGUAACAAGUUGUAAUGAUGGCGAUGACAGUGAAAAAGGUAUAGGCUAUACAUAUAAGAGGCAUGUCACCUGAAUAGAUCACUGGUGGGAUCUUGUGACCAUUUUCCUGGUUCCAUAUGUACAGACACCAGAUGAUGAUUAUAACAGAUAAGCAUUUUUUGUCAAUAUUUUUGGCAGACCUGUUGCUGAGCUUUACUGUAUACUGUAUACAGCAGAAAUCGUAGGUUGUUGAAACAACUGUGAAGUUGGAAAAUAGACUGAUGAAAUAAUCAGUGAACUAUAAUAAACAUAAAAUCAUAGUCCAUGAUUAGCACGGCUUAAUCAAUGAGGAUGUUUGCACUAAUAUCAUACCUGGGCUAGUCUUCUCAACUUUUAAGUAGCCAAAAAUAUAAUGUUUCCAUUUAGCUUCUUGUGGAAAUAAUUUAAUGCAGUUUCUUUUAGUGCUAACCAUAAGAUGUCAUACAGCACUGUUGUACAUCUACAGAUAAUUUCAACACAGGCUAAUAAAUGUUAUGACUUUUACUACCACUCUCUUGUGCAAUAAGUAUGUGUUGCAGGUUUUUUCCACUUUUAAAAGCUGAUUUCUUCCAGAGCACAUAAGCUUGGUAAAAUAACAAAGAAUACUAAAACAGUUAUUGUUUAUAAAAGAAAUGGAUAACAGGUUACUGAAGUGUAGUUUCCCCUGUUUUGGGCACAUACCAGUUUUAUUUGUCUUUCUGUCAAGUCAUGUUGGCACUUCAAUAGCACCUGGAGAAGGAUCCUUAACAAACUGUGAACGUACAUGUGAAAUGUUUUAAGUUAAUCAAAUAAAACAUAUUACUACCAA